UGAUAAUAUUAAAUGAAUUUGAAUUAUUAGCAAAACUGUAUCUAAUCCCUUACUCAUUUUAACACAGACUAUUUUCUUACAGUUUGUAAUUUUAAUUUAUUAUAUAUUUAAUUGAAGAAUUGAAAAUCAAUCUUCCAUUAUGCCUUCAGCAGUUGGUUCUAAAUCUGUUACUAGGAGUGAAAUAUUGGAAAUGAUGAGUGAAAAAGAAAAACUUGAACAACAACUUAAAACCCAUAUUGAUGUAUUACAAUCUCAUAGAGUUGGAAUGGAUGAUCCCCUAGUUGAUGAACAAGAUUUUCCAAGAAAUGAUAUUGAUGUUUAUCAAAUACGAUUGACACGCAAUCAAAUUAUUUGUAUCCGUAAUGAUUUAAAAGCUAUUAUGGAUCGUAUUGAAAAGAGCUUAAAUGCAUAUUUUACUCAAGGAAACGGUAAUGAAUCUGAUAUGGUAAACGGACACUGCAGCUUGAAACCUGAUCAUUAAAAUUUUACAAUUUUUUAAUAUUAUUAUAAACUUGGUAUAUUUUUGAAUUGUAAAUAUAAUUACCAAAUUAUUUGUUUUUUGUCUUUUGACAUUAAAAUUCUCUCUAAAUA